AUGGGUGCAAAUUAUCCAUCGGCAUUGAAACGUUUGUGGACCUGGGCAAAAGACGCCUUGAGUGAUGGUCAAACAGUUUCUUUUGAGCUAAGCGAAGAGGCUUUUGGAUCUACGAAGAAGCGAGCCAUUUCCAUAUCUGAUAUACACGCAGUAUGCUCUGGAGGGGAAAUGGCAGGGUCUGUCAUCUGCAUUUAUAUGAAUUUCUUGAAUGACUAUGUGCAAAAACAUAAAAUGGCCAACUUGAUAGCAUUCGUAGAUCCAAGCACGAUUGGUGCUCUUGGCUGUGGAAAUGUCGGUCAGAGGUCGCGAGCACUUGCUUUGAACCAUUGGACAUUGACGGUUGCCAAUCCCGAGGCAGAGAUUGUCUAUCACAUGGACCCUCUGAAACGACGCAUUGCCAAUGGCGAAUGGGUAGAGGUUGUUGAUAAUGCCAUCAAGUUUUAUAAAGAGGAUCAGAAGAAGGUUGUUAAGAAGAAAAUUGGUAUGGGAGAACAUGGCGGGACUAAAGAUUGCGGCCUCUUUGUUAUGAGGUACAUGAAAGAAAUAGUUCAGGACAAGGAUCUUGACUUCGCAAAUAAGUGGAUGCGUAGGAGCAACUUGGCGUAUACACAAGACAACAUUAGCGAAAUCAAGAUUGAAUUCGCUAAAUAUUUUAUGAAACGUUAUGCAUGUUAG